UGGUCACUCUAUGUCCGCUAACGUUUUUGUUCAAACUACCCCCGAGAACCAGAUCCUUGAUCUGGCAUCUUACAUCUCUAAGCUGAGAGGCGAGGAGGGUAAAGAGGAAGCUUAUGUCAAGGAAAUCAAGGCUUUGUUGGCCUCUGACAAGAAGAGUGAAGUCUAUACUAAGCUCGCAAAGGACUCCUCAGUACUUCUUACUGAGAAUGACAAAGAGGUUGAAGGUGCUUUCAACUUGCUUGUUGUCAUCACUUUGAGUGCACCCGAGAACAACCUCGCUGCCUCUGUCCAGGCUCUUGUCGACACAUUGUCCAAGACUGAGAGCCAGAAGACUAGCUUGAAGCAAAAGAUCUUGCUUAAUCUCUACAACGCACUUCCUGUCACCUCUGCUCUCCGAUACAACGCAUUUGUUGGAUUGGUUGAUGUGACAGCACAGGCCGACGAAUUGGAUUCUCUCUACGCACAGCUGGAGCACAUUGAUCGUUGGGUGAAGCAGUGGGGUAUUGAUAUCGAGACUGAACGCAACUUGUACAGCAACCUCAGCGAUAAACUGAGACAGGCCCGUGAAGAAAAGCUGUCCCUUGAUUUCUUGUUGAAGAAGUUGUCGACUUACAGCCAAGAAACCGUUUCUACAGACUGUGCCAAAGAAGCUGUUACGCGCGCCGUAGACACCGAAAACUUCUUUGCCUUCGAAGACCUCCUCCAAUACAGCGCUAUUCAGAAGAUCAAAGGAACUCCCGAAUACGAGCUUCUCAAUGUCUUCUUGAACGGCAACCUUUCCACAUACAAGACCUUUGCUGCAUCUAACCCCACCCUGGUAAAAGACAGCGAAAACAACCUGAGAAAGAUGCGUCUCCUUUCCCUUGCAUCUCUUGGAUCUGAUAACCUUGCUAGAGAAUUAACCUAUGCUGAGGUCGCAAAAGCAUUGGAUAUUUCUGAGGAUGAGGUUGAGAUGUGGGUUAUUGAUGUGAUCCGUGCCGGUCUUGUUGAAGCCAAGCUGGAUCAGCUCAACAAGAACGUUAUCGUUCACAGAAGCAUCUAUCGCGUCUUCGGAAAGGAGCAAUGGCAACAAUUGGGUGCAAGACUCAACACCUGGAAGGACAGCCUAAAUGAGAUCUUGGCAAUUAUCAGCAACGCCAAGUUGAUCGCAGGUGGCUCUCAGGGUGGUUCUGCUGUUGUUAUUGAAGACAAGUCUGUCGAGGUGGCCACCAAGAACUAAUAUAUAUUUUUUUGUAAACAAAAGAAAAAAGGAAUCUGCCUGUUUAGAGAAAAUCCCACCUUUCUUACUCUUUUUUCGUAUCUCAUUCUUCUUUUUGUGUUUAUCUACAUUACCUUUGUCAUGUCAAAAAUACCGACGGUCAGAAUAAACAUAAAGCAGCACUUUGCAUUUGGUUUCAAUGUUGAUAU